AUGUAUGUUUUCCUAUUAAUGCUUGCCAUGAUAUUGGCAAAUGAAACAAGUAAUAAAAUUUAACUAUUUUUAUUAGUGAAGUAAAUUAGCUUAAAUGAAGUAAUUGAUGAUGCAAUUGAUGCCUAUGAUUAUAAAGUAUAUAGAUUAUAAUUGUACAAUCCAGAAAAAAUAUAAAAUCGUACUUUGAUAGUAUAAUUGCUACCAUAGAUUGGAAAUCCUAAGAUAGCAGUAGAUUGUGAUAUGUAUUUAUGAAUAAUGAAUAAUAGAGAACCAAAGUUAUUAGAUUAUUAUGAAUGGUAAACAGAAUAUUGGUUCAUGUAAUAACUCACAAUAUCUUAUUAAGAAAGAUAAGCAGUUAAUUGUACAGAUAAUUAAUUCUAUAUUGGUGUUUCUAGUGAAGUUGUAUCUGGCUAUUAAUUGGUUAUAUAUAUUUUGGAUGGUAUCUAAUAAUUAGAAUACAAUAUUCCACUAAGGUAAAAUUAUAUUUAAAUAAUAGUGGUGAAUUAGUAGAGAAAGAGAUUCUCCAAUUUAAAUUGAAACCAAUCUAAUCAAUUGAUUAAAUUACUUUAUAAAUUAAUGCAAAUUAAGCAGAAAAGUUCUUAAAAUAAUGCAUUAAUGAGGAUUGUUAGAUCACUAUAAAUGAUUAUGAUGGUAAUAAUACUGAUACAGCUUUUCAUUUAACUCAAUCAUCUAUUUCAUUUGUACAUCAAAAUUGUUAAGAUUGUUAUUAUUUAAUUGGAUUAAAAAGUGAUUCUAAAUCAUAAUUUCGUAUACUCGCUAAACAUUAAGAAUAACAUAUAAUUUUAAGAGAGGGACAAUAAGAACAAUUUCUUGUUGAAGAAGGAUUCUAUAUUUAUUAUUUGUAUAACAUUCCAAAUGAUACUAAUAUAAAAAGUGUGAAAUUUCAAAUAACUUAAUAUAAUGGAACAUGUAUGUUAUAUGGUAGUUCAUCAGAGUAAUAUCCUAAUAUUACUAAUUUUGAAAUGAUAAGUUCUUCAUAAUUGAAAGUAAGUAAUGCUAAAACUUUUUAUUUAAGUGUUUUUGGUUAUUCUCAAUGUUAAUAUGGUAUUUACACUUAAGUAGAGAGAUAUUAAACCAUCAAUUAAACUUAUUUUAUCCAAUUAUAAAGUGGAAUACCAUAAAAAUAUUUAUCAGGUGAUUAAUACAGUUUCUUUUAUAUAUAAUUACCUUAAAAAUAAAACUUUACUAUUUCAUUAUAAAAUAUUGAAGGCAACUUUAUUAUGUAUGUUAAGUCUAAUCUAAAAAAUAAAGAAAUACCAGAUAGCAAUAGUUAUUAAUGGAAGGAUACAAAAUAAAUAGAAAUUAAUAUUGAUGAUCCUAAUUAUGCAACAUAAUAUUAUAUUGGAGUACAGAAUUUAAAUGAUCAUGGAGAAUUUAUUAUCCAAUAUAGUAUGCAUGGAGAUAUUGAAUUUUAUCAAGUAGGAUAAUAGAUUAUAGGAACUGUAGCUCAGAAAAAGUUUAGAUAUUAUAAAAUACCAAUGGAAUCUAGAAAUCUCACAAUUACUAAAGAUAUUUACUCAGGCAAUGAUGUAACUGAUUUAGACAUGUUCAUUUCAUUUGAUCAAAAAAAUACACAUCCAAAUAUCAAGCAUUUCGAUAUUUAUCUAAUUGGUAAGAAUUUAACAAUUCCUGAUUCGGAUUUAUAAUGUCAAUAAAAUACUACAAAAAUAAAUGAAAAGAAUUUCUGUUAUAUAUACAUAUCUGUAUCAUCAUCAUCAGGAACUAUUUUCUACACCAUCUCAACCAAAUAUAAUAAUAGUAGAAUCUAAUUGCAUGAAGGCUAUCCAUAAACUGUCACUUUUGACUAAGAGACUCUAUUCUAUUAUAUCCUCAACAACAAGGAAGUUUCAUUGUAAUGGUAUUCCUAUGGAGGAAGCCAAGCAAAUGUUGAAGCAUAUUAUGGUAAUAAAGAUAAUUCUGAUUUGAGAUAUGAAACAUUCAAAUCAAAUUCUUAUUUCGCUUAAUUUUAAAGUUUUACUAUCCCAGAAACUGAGAAAUAUUAAAUAUUGUAUGUACGGGUUUAACCAAUAGAGCCUCACUAUCAGAAUGACACCUAUACCAUUGGUGUCUAUGAAGGAGUCAAAUUACUGACUCUUUCAGAUCCCAUAAUUGACAAUGUUCAGAAGGGCUAAACCAAAUAUUAUAAGCUUAGUUUAACAUAGGAUGUUAAGUCAAUAGAAGUUAGUAUUCAUAUCAAAGGUGGUGGGGAUCUUGCUACUCUUAGAAUCUCUAAAGGGAAAGACAAAAGACCCAGUCUAUAUGAAUUCGAUCUAGAUUGGACAGAAAUUGUUGGAUCUACUUACAUUCUUUAAGAAGAAAAUGAUCGUUAUUUGGCAAAGGAUGAUUAUAUUAUUGGAGUGAUUGGGCAAAUUGACUGUGAAUUUUAAAUUAGUUACAAUAUUGAUGAUGCCAAAUAUUUUAAUGUUUUUCUUGGGUAUCCAUUUGAUGUCUUAUUCCUCGAGAAUAUACCUCAUUAUUACAUUUUUAGAGAUAAUCCAAGUGAUUAGGAAUAUAGAAUCAUAGUGUUUGCAAUGCAAGGUAAAUUAUAAAUAAAAGCCAAAAGAUUAGAUUCUUUUGAUGAUGAAACUAUCAUUAACAAUAAUGAUAUUUUAUUUAUUGAUUAAAUUGUUGAUAAAUAAAAUUCAUUUAAAGUGAAGACUUGUGAAAAAGUUAGUUGCAUUUAUUUAAUUGAAAUAAUAGCAGUUUCAGGUGUUAGUAAAGGUUUGAUUGAAUUCAGUAGUCCAUAAUAUUAAACUACUCUAUAUGAUGAUCUUCAAUGGAGAGAAAUCUUGACUGAAUCAGAGUUUUCAUAAUAUCACUUUUAUUCAAAUGAUAAUGUUGAAAUCAAUAUUUAAAUGAUAAGUGGUGAUAUCAAAUUGUAUUUAAAGGAAGGUCAAGAACUUAAACAUAAUGAUGAAGCAGAUUAAACAUAGAGAAUUUAAAAUGAUACUUAAGUUCUUUUUAAAAAAAAGGAUUCAUCUGUAUCAUUGAUUACAAUCAAAGCUGAAUCUUUAUCAUCAAUAUCUAUCUUUAAGAUUAGUGCAGCCAGAUACUAUAAACAAACUUAUAAUAUUUAUUUGGGUCAAAUGAUGACUUAUUAUGUACGAGCUGGUGAGACUAUUUAUCUCUAAUAUUAAUCGAUCACUCAAAUAACUAAUAAUCAAUCUAAAUAUAUAACAUUACAAAUCUAAAAUAUUCAUCAAUCUAUAGACAAUUUAUAUUUCGAUAUAUCUCAUAAUACUAUCAAACCUAUUAAUUAUUUUAAUAAAUAUCCUAAAGCUAUUUCAUAUCAUUUAUAUGAUUAAUUUGGUUUGUAUGAAAUUUCCAUUAAAGCUUUACAUAAUAGUACAUAUAUUAGAGUAAUCAUUACUAAUGGUGAAUUAAAUGCUUUAAUUGAUAGUAUAUCACAAUAUUAAUUAACUAAAAUUGGAUAACCAAAUUAUUAUGAAGUCUUUUUACAAUAAAAAUCUAAACUAUUCUUGGAAGUAUUUACUUGCUCUGGAUCUGUAUUAGUAUAAGGAACUAAUAAUUAAACUAAUCUUGCAAAAUCAAUAUUUGAAAUUCAAGUAAUGAAUUCUUCAUAAGAACAUAUUCAAUCAAUCUUAUAACUUGAAGCAGGAACAUAUUAUUUUCUUGUGAAAUUGAUAUCAAGUCAUGAACAAGAUGAUAAUAAGAAAAAGAUUUCAUCAUAUUUUAUAAAAUAAUAAACCUUUGAUUAAGGAGAAAUAAUUCCAUAAACAUCUUUUGAAAUUAGUGAUAAAGUUAUAGAUUGGUAUAAAGUGGAUGAUAAGUUGAUCAUCCAUAUCCCAAAUCUUAUAUAAAUAAAAUAAGAUAUUUAAAUAAUCCAUGUAUAUUUUGUUGUAAGGAUGCAAUAAGCAAUUGGUGAGAAGAGUCUUGCAUGCAUGUUUGAAUCUAAUUAUGUUAAUAACAAGACCAAUAUUUAUGGUAAAUAUACAUAGAUUGUUGAAUAAAGCACUGAGAGUAACAUUACAACUGUUACUUUUACUACAAAAGAUUAAUAAACUAAGUAUUUGAGUGUAGUUGGUAAAGUGUAAUUGCAAAUAGAGAAUGAAAUUGAAGAACUCACUUAUCCGUUGCCAAUAAUAGAAAUGAAUUAUACAAACAACUUGCAAGAAUCCACUCAAUAAUGGAUUUUGCUAGGUGUAUUUCUGACAAUCUUGCUUAUAGCAGGGUUUUUCAUUUACUUUAAUAUAAAAAAAUAAGUGCAUCAUUAAAACCAUAACACACUCAAUAUUGAAAUGAAUUAUUAAACAUUUAAUAAUUGAUGAAAUAAACCCACUUUAAGAAUCUUUCCCUCUUGGUCCUCAUUCUGUAUGGCCUUAAUUAUGUUGUUGACUUGCUCACUACAUAAUUUCAAAAUGUAAUUCUAUCUUCUAUUUCUAGAUUUACUAUCUAAAACUUCUAGUAUUGUUGAUAAUCAUUAAGAAACUCUUAGAAUUACCAAUCUCUAGAUAUGUAUCAUAAAUAACAGGAUAUGUUAUGAAUCUUUACAUUCCAAAAAUAUUAAGGUAACAUUAAUAUUAAUAUGCUAGAAUACCUAUUUAUUCUAUAUUCUGUGAAAUUUAUAAAGUAAGAAGAUAAGACAUGAUUCAUCCAUUGAAUUAUUACGAAACAUUCAAUAAAUUCUUUACUAGAUAAAUUAAACCAAGAAAAAUAGAAUGUGGAAUGAUCAGUCCUGCUGAUUCAAAGAUUUUAUCAAUUAGCAAAGUCACAAAGAAUGAAUGUUUAUUAGUAAAAAGAGUUACAUAUCAAAUUGGAUAAUUUUUAACAGGCAUCAAAGGAUAUGAAAUGGAAUUCAAAAAAAAAUGUGAAUACUCAAAUCUAUGGUCUUGUAUAUUUUAUCUUGCUCCUGGAGAUUACCAUCGUUAUCAUUGUCCUGUUGAUUUUAUAGCAAGAAGUAGGUUGCAUAUUCCAGGUAAAUUAGCACCUGUUAAAGAAAGCAGUCUUAAAUAAGUAUUAUCUUUUAUAUAUAAUUAGGGAUUAUAUGAAGGAAAUGAAAGAGUGGUUCUUGAAGGAGAGUGGGAAUAAGGACUUAUGUACAUUAUAUUUAUAGGUGCAACUAAUGUUGGUUCAAUGAAAGUUAAUUUUGAUUCAGAUUUGAUUACUAAUACUAAUACAUAUCAUAAAAGUGGAUAUCGAAAUUAUUCAAAUCUUUCAGUUAACUCACCUUAUUAAUCAUGUGAAAAAGGAGUGCACAUUAAAAAGGGAUAAGAGAUAGGAAAAUUUGAAAUGGGUAUAAUUUAAAUAAAUUAAUUUAUAGGAUCUACUGUUGUAAUCAUUUUUGAAAGUACAUCUAUUGAAUGGAAUGCUAAGGCUCAAUAAAAGGUUUAUUUUGGACAAUAAGUAGCUACAUAUUGA